GGGCAGAACCAUGAGCUAACUUGAUAACACCCAGCAUUAUAAAGCGGUAGAAAGAUCUCUUUCAUUUAACUCAGGAAAUCUAGGCAGCCUGAGAACCAUUCUGAGCAGUUGUGCCACAAAACUUAAACCACUCGGGUUUGAGGCAUGCAUGAUGGAGACAGGUGGAAUAGUGAGGACCCAUCAAGAUGGUGACAAUAUACACCUGAAUUUGAGAACAAGCUCUGCACAACAUUACGGAUCCAUAAGUGAAAAUCAGACGGAGAAUGGAAUUACAUCACUUAAAGUGACAAUCAUGUCACCAAAACGCUCAUACAUAGCUGUCGCUGUGCUCUGCUAUAUCAACUUAUUGAACUACAUGGAUCGUUACACAAUUGCAGGUAUCCUUCUCAACAUCCAACAAUAUUUCAAGAUAAAUGACAGCACAGCUGGCCUUCUACAGACGGUUUUCAUUUGCAGUUUCAUGCUGCUGGCUCCAGUUUUUGGUUACCUCGGGGAUCGUUACAACAGGAAGUUGAUCAUGGUGGGCGGACUGAGUGUGUGGAUUGUGACAACACUGGGCAGCUCUUUCAUCACAGAGUCGUACUUCUGGGUGCUGAUGCUGAUGAGAGCUUUGGUUGGGACAGGAGAGGCCAGCUACUCCACUAUAGCCCCCACCAUUAUUGGUGAUCUCUUCUCUGGCACACAAAGGACUCUCAUGAUAUCAUUCUUCUACAUCUUUAUUCCCGUAGGAAGUGGGCUUGGAUAUAUAAUAGGAUCAACAGUUGCAACAGCCACUGGGGACUGGCGCUGGGCACUCAGGCUCAAUCCCAUAUUGGGGCUUCUUGGUUUGAUUCUACUUAUAUUCCUGACCACAAACCCGCCAAGGGGGGCAUCAGACACACACGGAGAGACACUGUUGGAAAACACAUCCUAUUUAGAAGACAUCAAGUCCCUCAUGAAGAAUCGCAGUUUUAUCUGGUCCUCAUUGGGGGUGACCGCGAUGGCCUUUGUGACGGGUGCGCUGGCCUUUUGGACACCGGUCUUCCUGUCCCGAGCUCAGGUGAUGCAAGGGAUCAGGCCCCCUUGCUCAAAGGAGCCAUGUGACACUUCCGACAGUUACAUAUUCGGCGUUGUGACCGUGGUGACUGGGAUUCUGGGAGUGGCCAUCGGCACCUUGGUUUCCAAGAAACUGAGGGACAAAGUGCCUAACGCCGAUCCUUUGAUCUGUGCCACAGGCAUGCUGUCCUCCUCUCCCUGCUUGUUCCUGGCCAUCAUAUUAGCCUACAACAGCAUCCCAGCAACUUAUGUAUUCAUUGCUAUUGGGGAGACAUUACUCUCACUAAACUGGGCGAUUCUGGCUGACAUCUUGCUGUAUGUUGUCAUACCAACCAGGAGGGCAACAGCAGAGGCCUUGCAAAUUAUGGUUUGCCACCUCCUUGGUGAUGCAGGAAGUCCAUAUUUGCUCGGAGCAAUUUCAGAUUCCUUGAGCAAAUACUACCCAAACACUUACUUGUGGAACUUCCGGAGCCUGCAGUAUAGCAUUCUGUUGUGUCCCUUCGUGGGGGUCCUGGGGGGCCUGUUUUUCCUCAUGACGGCCCUCUACAUCGCCGAGGACAGGAAGGCGGCACAGCUGCAGGCCGCAGGUGGGGCUCCACCACAGCCUGUUCCGGUUACAGAGUCAACUUGACCUCCAUCAAGUGGAAUUUAUCUGUUAAAGAUAAAAAUGCCAACCGUCUGCAUUUAAGGAUGCACAUAUUUUUACAGGUGCAGCAACUGGUGAAAAACUGAAACUCCAUUUCCUUGUUCAAUGCCAGUCAGGAACUGGCUAGAAAUGACAACGUCAUUUUAUCAGCAGUGUAUGAUUUUGUUUGUUUGUUGUCUUUUUUUUUGUAUAGGAUGUUUUUUUUAAUGUCUAAUGUGAUUUUGAUUUUAUUUCUUAUUUGGGUAACUGUACAGGAAAAUGAAAUAAAGCACUGGCUGAGUUUGGAAGAAAA